AUGAUUCUCACACAUUGCAGACGGACAAUACUGUCGCCAGCCUUUUCGGCAUGUCGCCGAUCCAUUUCUACUCUCCCUAACAACCCUCACAUCUCGCCUACUGUCAAUGUCCUCUCUUUCCUGCCCACAUCGCCUCCCACAGGGUCGCUUGCUAUCGGUGUCACCUCGCAGAUCCCGCCCACGCCAGACUCGUUGCGCGAGAACCAAUCAUUCAUGAAAGUCCUACAAUCCGUGAUACGAGAACAUGCGACCAAGGACCCCGACGUCAUUGGACAAGCUCAAGCAUAUGCCAGCUCAUCUGGAUCAUCGUUGGGUUCAGGAGGUGUCUUCUUCCCUCAGACGCAACACAAACGUAGCAAGAGACGCGCAGGAUAUGGUGGAGGAGGCGGCGCUGGCGGUGACGGAGCUGGAGGAGCAUCCGCUCAGGGCGGCGCGGGAGGAGCAGGAAGAGGAGGCCACAUUCACGUCAGUGACCAGAGGAACCCACCAGAUUAUGGUCGCGUCGCAUGGCCCGAGGACAUAUUCGGCAGUCUCGAGGUUGACGCAGUCGGCAAUUUUGUGGGUGAGAACGGCAGCUAUCAAGAGAGCGGCACAUACAGAUGCGUCACACGAGAGGGAAUCCCCUACCUUCGCGAGAAGCUCAUUGCACGACUCAAGCAACUGGAGGCGGAGAAGGGAGCCGGCGGGCAGCCUCGUGAGUCUCGUGAUGACAUCGGUAUAGGGUCCGUGCGCUGGGGAAGCAGCGAGGGAGACGAGGGACGGCUCCUCCGCUUGAUCGCUGCUUGCUGUUUGCUGCUAUGCGCCCUCCCCGAGACACAACCCACCAAGCACGUCGACCUCUUAUCUGCUGUCACGACACGGAACCCUAGCCAAACGCUUCCAAUCCCAGUCGGCCACCCUCACAGCAACGACGGCCACGUUGCCAGCCUUCAAGUGCGACGUCGGCGCCUACCCGCUGCGGCAUCCCUCCGGCGACAUCACAGCGCAUCCCGACACCAAGUGCGCCCUCAACAAUCUUGCUCGCCAACAAGUCCCGACCUCGACUCGUCGCUUCCUUGUCUCCGCCCACAACCUUGGCCGAGCAGCCACGACGCCGCUCCGCCCAUCAUGGCUCAGGCCUUCGACGACGAUGACCUCUCGCUCUCCAUGACCCGUCGCCCGACCAAUGGCUCACAAACCGACGACUUGAAUCCGCCCACUGCUUUGGCUGCCAUUUCAAAAUCACAACCUGCUCCUCCUGCUACCAACAAGAGACGCCUGGGUCAAUAUGACAUUGUCAGAACACUAGGCGAGGGCUCCUUUGGCAAGGUCAAGCUGGCCGUCCACAAGGUCAGCGGCCAGAAGGUCGCCCUCAAAAUCAUCUCUCGCCAGAAGCUCGUCACUCGCGACAUGGCUGGCCGUAUAGAGCGCGAGAUCCAAUACCUGCAACUGCUGCGCCAUCCUCACAUCAUCAAGCUCUACACCGUCAUCACAACCCCAAAGGAGAUCAUCAUGGUCCUCGAGUACGCCGGCGGUGAGCUGUUCCAGUACAUUCUUGACCACGGACGCAUGCCCGAGGACAAGGCUCGCAAGUUCUUCCAGCAGAUCGUGUGCGCCGUCGAGUACUGCCAUCGUCACAAGAUCGUCCACCGUGACCUCAAGCCCGAGAACCUGCUCCUCGAUGACGCUCUCAAUGUCAAGAUUGCCGACUUUGGUCUGAGUAACAUCAUGACCGAUGGCAAUUUCCUCAAAACUAGUUGUGGCAGUCCGAACUAUGCAGCCCCUGAAGUCGUCGGGGGCAAGCUAUAUGCCGGUCCUGAGGUCGAUGUCUGGAGUUGUGGUGUUAUCCUUUAUGUACUGCUUUGUGCUCGCCUGCCCUUUGACGAUGAAUACAUCCCGACGCUUUUUAAGAAGAUUCAGUCCGGCACGUAUCAUACGCCAAGCUACAUUUCAUCUGGAGCUGCUCGUUUGAUCAAGAGGAUGCUGCAAGUCAGCCCUGUCACUCGUAUCACCAUUGACGAGAUCAAGCUCGACCCGUGGUUCCUCAAGGAGCUGCCCGACUACCUCACACCGCCUGUUGAGGAGUUCAUGGAUCAGGGCAUUGACCCCAACAGAUCAAUUGACCCAGCCAAAUUGGCCCCUACGAAGCCUGCAGUUGUGCAACAGAAACUGCACGAGAGUGUAGUGGGCAAGCUAGGCAAGACUAUGGGAUAUGCAAAGGAUGAUGUGACCGAGGCCCUCGCUAAGGAUGAGCCCAGCGCAAUCAAAGACGCCUACCUCAUAGUGCGUGAAAACACUAUCAUGAAAGCUAACCCCUCGCUCGCACACAACCCUGAUCUGCAGCCAUGGCUUGCUCAAUCGCCGCCGACCUUCCAAACCACCGUCACUUCUCCACCAAAUGCUCGCCAUCCUGCGCCUGGAACGUCCAAUCCAGCCUCGAACGUCGAGCAUCCUCGUCACGGUUCUACUAGCUCUGCUCACGAAGCUCGCACUCCUGCGACGACGAUUGAAGCCAUGCUAGCCAUUUACAAAGCACUAAAGGCAAUGAACGCCGUUUGGGAAGCUCCUGUCGUACGUCGUCCUGGCCAUGGUGAAGGAAGCCCGCCACGGAAUCGCCGGCGUCACGCCAGGGACGGAAGUCAAAGUCCCGAAUAUUCCGACUCGGACCCAGAGGCUGGCACUGAUCCCGAAUACUCUACUCAUGAAGAACGUGCUAGACGCCGUUCUCGUGGUGGACACGCAUCAGACAUGUCAGACGACGACUUUGGCGAGGAACUGUCUCGCAGCCAAGGCCGCAAGUCAAAUAUUCGUGAACCCCUUGGACCUGAGAAUGAUUGGGGCUACAAGAUCCCCGAAGACCCCUGGAUCAUCAACGCAAGAUUCCGCAAGGAUGGUAUGUUCCCGCCCGGCGUAGCACACCCAUCAUCAACACACUCUAGCCGUGUGGACCUGCAAGAAGGAAUCCGUCGCCGCAGCUCAACAAUGGGAAGCAGCACUAGUCUAGCAGCCUCACCCGCAGGUUUCAACUCACCCGUCCAACCAAGCAGUGUCCACGGCAGUGCCCACGCGUCUACCGAUAAUAUCGCCGCCACAGGCCCCAGCAGCUUUGGUCAAGAAAGCCUGCGUCGCCGUCACCCCGCACCCAACGAGAGCGCUUGGGUGUACGUGACCAUCCAACUGUACUGCAUCGAGCAAGAUAGCUUCAUGGUCGAUUUCAAGUGCGCCGGCUACGAACGCCUUGUACGUCGCUUGAGACGCGAGAUCAAGACGCACGCGGACGGUGAGGCGUCUGAUGUUUGGCGCGAAGAAGACCACGACGACGAAGACAUGGAUGAAGGAUACAUGGGCUGUGGACGCAUACCCGAAGAAAAGGACAUUUCGAGUCCCUUCCCCUUCAUGGACGUGGCUAGCAGUCUCAUCGUGCAGUUGGCCCAAGGCGCUUGA